AUGCUUCGUUUACAGAUCGGUGACGUCAUGGCCUAUCGCCACUAUGAGCAGGGAACGAGCGGCAUGAAUUUCGAUCGUUUCCUCGAUCGCUUUGAUGAGAACACGGUGACGAAACUGAAAAGGCAUUACUGGACGGCAAAACAGAUGAUUCGAACAAAAAUGGGCAAAAAGGAGGAUGAGCUGUUGACAGCCUCCGACGCGGACUUGGACGCUCAGUUGUCCCUAUUCAACUCGAUCAAAACGACAAGCGAUUUGCUGCUAGAAGCGGCUCACUACUAUCACGGGUUUCUUUUGGACGCGGCACACGCCGAGAAUGGGGUCGGCAAAUUUUUGAAAGAUCGAGGAAAGUUGCAGAGAAGAGAAGAGACGAAAAAGGUAAUGAUCGCCGUGGGCAGAGCUUUCCUCUUCGCUUCACACCAAAGAGCCGCCAUUUGCAAUCCGUUGUUGAGAUUUUACGAGGAAUUGUGUGUUUUCAAUGAGAGAGCCAUCUUCGAUUGUGGGCAAACAGCUGAAGCGGCCGAGCGUUGUCGAACCGAGUACAGGGGCAGUUUGUUGUGGAUGAAACAGGAAAGUGAUGAGCUCGAGCCGACGAAUCGCCGACAAAUGGAGCGUUUCCGAGAAGUGCAAACGACGGUUCGAUUGAAUAAGGAAAGGCUGGAUCGACUCAAGGAGGACACAUUGCAGAAGGUCGAAUUGCUCUCAGCGAGUCGCUCUCAUCUUUUGUCGCAUUUACUGGGAAGAUACCUUGAACUUCUAACAACUUACUAUCAAAAAACGUCAACGAUCUAUGCGACGUUGGCGAAAAAUCUCUCCGUCUACGAUCACUACGAUUUCGAGAUUUUGACGGAACUCAUCGAACCGUCUCGAAAAGUGGCACAAAAAAUUCGACAAGAGAGCUUGGAUAAAGUGAAAGAACUGGAGGAACAGGAGAAAGCUGAGGAACAACAACAACAACCGGACCUGCUACGCUUUGAUGAACACGACGAGACGAGCUUACGGUAUUUGUUUGGCCGAGAUUCGCCCAGUGAAGAGAGAUUGAUUCCACAAAAUGGGAUUCGGUUUGGUGAUGGCGAGGAUCGAGCCGAGAGUCCACUGAUCGGUGAUCAAGAUGAAGUGGGCGAAGAGGCGUUUGAAAGAUUGACAAUUGAUCGGGAAAACACCGCUCCCUCGCUGGCUUCUUUACCUACUUUAUUCGGUGACUCGUGCGUUCCAAAAUUGACUCCGCCACCAGUGUUGGAUCCGUUGAGUGAAGCU